UCCCUCAAUAACAUAAAAGCCACGGGAAUUAACCUUGGAUUAUAUGUGUACAAGCGGAAGCGAAGUUUACCGUACCCAAUGGUCCAGAAUAUUGUUAAAGAAGAUACUCAUUCGACCGAAAUCUGA